UCUCAACUUCAAACACAGCAUGCCAAUGUUCAAUGCUAGCAUUUACUAUUAUUUUACGCAUAUAAGGCAGUGUCGUUACCUCCAAUGAACGUCAUAUGGCUUCUCAGCCUCCUUUUUCUGGGACCGUUUCUCCUCUUUCUAGCGUUCUUGGUGUUGACCUCCUGCCUCGGGGAUAGCUUCCGUGCCCGCAUUGCAGGUUUCUCUAUCAACCCCCGAGAGGCCAUCUACGAUCGUAGUUAUUUACGGACGAUGACGAAUAGCGGUUCUGCUAUGUCCGAGCAGAUUGAGCUGGAGGAUAUGUUAAGAGAUCGUGCGGAUGGUUAUGACAGUGAUGAUGCCUUAUGAUCGAGAUAUAGGUUACAACUUCAAUCGCCCAGGAAAAUAAUUUGGAGAUGAUUAGAAUUCUAGAUGUUCUUUGCUCGUUCCACCUGAAGCGCCACCCUGCUGUGCUUCGUUAUCCCCCUCCACGGGUGGCAGGCUAAAUGGCUUAAUCGCGAAUUUCCUCCUGCUAAGAGUGAAGGCCCAAUCGUCGCCCAAACUGCUAUCCCCGCCCCCUCCUCCUCGCUCAUGCAGAACGGGCAGCCGGUGGAUUUUGAGCAUACCCUGUGGUGGUUCUUCCUGUGCUGUGGCUGCUCCCGAUGUUGCAGAUGGGCUGGCAUCGGAUAGAUGUGGGAAUGGUGCGAGCUCGAUAACACCGUCGCUCAACAGUUCAAUCCAUCGAGUGAGUCCCGAGGCUCUAGGGUAUAGGAAUAAUGGGAGGGUAAUCAUCGCCGUUACGCGAUUGGAGUACGACGACAGAAUGGCGCGCAUGGAAUGCAGAAACUGCAAUACGUGUUCGGGUUGGCUGGCAUGUUGGGGGGAUAAAGCUGGAGAAAGCAGGGAUGGAAUUAUUAUUCGGUGGAUGAUAUUUGGGGGUGAAGUUGAUAUUGCGGUAGACAGUCGAUGGAGAGCAGAUGUAUACGGAGAUGCAGUUGGUGUUGAGGAGGUUGAAAGAGGGAUGUAAUUUAUAGAAGGGAGAGAGGGAUGGGCCAGGCGCUUCGUUAAAUCAAACGUGUGACAGAACACCUGCGGUGCCGGGGGGUAUUGUGAUGAGUCUGCAGUUUUCUCUGCUGUUGGAGCAGGGGCUGUUUAAAUAAUUAGCCAUUCGCGUACUUCCUCAGACACCCUGACCAAACCAUGCUCCUCGUCAUGGGGGAAAUAGACACAAAAAUACUAUCGACCAACAUACGUCUAGACCCUGCGACGCCAGCGCCAAAUUCGCCCAAUCGCUCGUAUCUCCAGGCUAUUUUCAUUUUCUCUCCUGCGCUUUUACUAGGUUUAUCAUCUGCAGUUUCUCCCGCUCCAACAAGCCCAGGAAGAGCCCUCCCCCAUUGCUCACCAACACCAAUGAUAUGAAGUUGGUGCUCUUGAACCACACCCUCAGCAGCGAAAUACCUCAGCAAAGCACCGGCAAAAUCGGUUGUACCGCUUUCUUCAAUCAGAAGCGAAUUCCCCAGCACUAAUCCUGCAUGCCCGGCUAAUAAAUUAUCUAAGGUUGGAGUACCGGUGGACGUGGUCUGUCGCCCAUCGAUAGGUGAGGGGCGGAGUCCUAAAGUAGGCUUGGUGGGCGGUUGCGGAGGCUGCGACGGUUGCGAACUGGGUAGAUUGGGAGCAAUUCCACGGGGUGAGCCUGGCGAUAGACCUAUAUUCCUUUUGCGGAAUGACAUGAUAGCGAACAAAAGAGGAUGUUGAAAAAUUUCUACAUAUAGCUUAUGAGAAUCAAGAAGUUCGUCACAAAAUAACUUAAAAAGAGCCAAGGGCGAGAGAUAUUUACUGCUGCUUUAGGGGACCCCACCGCUUUAAUGUGUAGUUAAGUUAACUACGGAAGAAUUAGUCAUAAAGCAGCACCACAACGCGCCCAAAAAAAUUGAUAAGAUAAGCCGCAAAAGAGCCUUUUUCCCAACAGCACCGCAAGCUCUUAGGACCAGAUCAAACCCGGAACGGACAGCGCAUUAUUUCUACAAUUCUCCAGGCAAUACCCACCAAACUCGUAUAGCGCAUUUAUCUUACAGCUCAAAAGAAAAGGCGCAAAACCCUACCUCUAACUGCACGGGCCCGCAACCUGCGGCCGAUUCCCUCCGCCUCCGCCGCUUCAACCAUGUCAGACCCCGUCCUUUUCGAAGACACCUUUACCAUCACCUCCAUCAAUGCGCAAAAAUACGACCGUGUAGCGCGCAUCAGCUGUACCUCUUCCGACAACCUGACAACUUUCACCCUCGAUGUGAACACAGAACUAUAUCCCGUCUCGACAGGAGAGUCAUUGUCCCUCGCGCUUGCGUCUACGCUUGCUCUCGAUGGAAAAGAUGAUAGCGCGGGUGGUAAAGGUGCUUGGAGGGAUGUUGGCAUGGGGGAGCAAACGCUGGCGAACGACUAUGACUACGUAUGCCAUGGGAAGGUGUAUCGGUUUGAAGAAGGGAAUACGGCGGAGAAUAUGUCUGUUUUCGUUUCGUUCGGAGGGCUUUUGCUCUACUUGGAAGGCCCAUAUAAGAAGCUUAAUCCGCUCAGGAUCGAUUAUAUCUACCUUCUGAUGAAAAAGUAGCGGAUAUAAACUCAUAUACCUAGGGAGAAAGUUCAAGUUUUUUUUUACUUGGUGACUUCAGCGCCUAUUCUCGAUGUGAUACACGCGCAUGACCAACCCGCGGAACCCAAUAGGUUCAAAUGAACGGAGAUGCAAAAAUUCAGUUAGAAUAAUAUUCUUUAGAGCUUGGGCAUUGAGCGUGGGCGUUUUCUCUCAUUCUUGUAGUUAUUAUUAUUAUAAUACCUGAAAAUAAAACUAGGACAAAGCUCGAAAGGGGUGUCUGUGAGAAAGAAACCAAACUUGUGUCAACUCUAUCAGGGCGUGCAACAGAAAGCCAAGCCAAAGAUAAAUGAUAGAGGGAAGCGGAAAGAAAACAAAAUGAAAAUAAAGAGAAACGAAGGUAAUGGAGAAAAAGGCUCCAUUUAGAGAUUCGGGUACCCGAGCUUUCGGUGCAUUCUAGAACAGAUCUCCUCAUAAUCAGACUCCCCUUCUGGUGUGAUAAACCCAUGUCUGACGAGGAAGUCGACAAUAACUAUUCCGCAGUUAGACUUGAAUUUACCCUUCUUCAGCUCCGUAAUAACGUCAUUGAUCGGCAUCAGAAUGAAAUUAGCCGCCUCGUUAUCAUUCGGCUUAAGAAUGACAUUGGCAGGAAGCUUGAGAUCGUAGAUAUAUUCGCAUUCCGGUUGCAAUAGCCCCUUUUCACCACCAGCAUCCGCACCCCGUUCGUAGAUGUAGCGUAAAGCACCGGUCGCUAUCGCGUUCUUCGCCACUUCCCUCGGGAUAGAUGCUUCCUCAUCGGCCUCCCGCAACAUGCAUUCAAACGGGGUUUCACCCGUUGCCAUACCACCGGCAACGCUGUUAUCCAACAUUCCCGGAAAUGUUGACUUUGUCUCCGAGCGUUUUGGG